GUGAGAGAGAGAGAGAGGGAGAGAGAGAAAGAGAGGGAGAGAGAGUUGGGCGACAGCAGCAGCAGCAGCAGCGGCCGUCAGUGCGUGUGUUUGGUUCACCCCGGAGUUUUCUCUCCUGUCCAACCCCCCAGCUAGGCUAGGCUAGGCCAGAGACAGUAUAUAAGAAGGGCUAGGCUAGGCUAGGCUGUCGGAGCAGAGAACACCUUCUCCGCCCGAGCGGACGCUUUCUGACUUACUGACCGUUUCUCUUCCACGUUAAUCCCUUCUGUGAAUCCACUGGACGGCUUCUUCGGUUUACAUGGCUGCUUUCUGUACUGCGUACUGACGCGACGAGCUCUGCGCUGGGACUCCGCUCACUGCAAUUACGUUCCAACUCCCAAAGAAAUCUGCGAUAUUCAAAUAAUCAGCUGAGAUGAUGAAGGGGAGGAAUCCUGGCUGUUUGUGGACUUUGUAGCAACAGAAGAAGCAGCAGCUUUCUACCUCCUUUAUGACACGUCUGUCUGCAGCCGAGCUCACCAUGAGCUAAAGAGCACUGCAGAGCAUCGCCGCCGCUGCCUCCCCCCCGCCUGGAGCCCCGUGUCUGACCGCGACAGCAGCUUCAUGAGCCAGCAGGAUGCGGCUGAGGUCCACGCACUCUCCGAGCGCCUCCUCAUAGCUUCACACAAGGGGCAAGCUGACAAUGUGGUCCAGCUCAUCAACAAGGGCGCAAAAGUAGCCGUUACCAAGUAUGGCAGAAGCCCCCUGCACCUGGCUGCCUACAAAGGCCACACUGAGGUUGUGCGUAUCCUGCUCAAAGCUGGCUGUGACCUGGACAUCCAAGACGACGGCGAGCAGACGGCGCUACAGCGGGCUGCUGUGGUGGGAAACAGCGACGUCAUCAGCGCUCUCAUCCAGGAAGGGUGUGCACCAGACAGACAGGACAAGGAAGGCAACACAGCUCUCCACGAGGUGUCCUGGCACGGCUUCAGCCAGUCUGUCAAGGUGCUGGUGAAGGCUGGAGCCAACGUUCACGCUAAAAACAAGGCAGGAAACACAGCCCUCCACCUUGCGUGUCAGAACGGUCACGCUCAGAGCUCCAGGGUUCUGCUCCUGGGAGGCUCCAGGCCCGACACCACCAACCAUGCGGGGGAUACGUGUCUGCAUGUGGCGGCCCGCUACAACCACGUGGCUGUGAUCCGCAUCCUGCUGGGAGCCUUCUGCUCCGUGUCAGAGAAGAACCUGGCUGGGGACACACCACUACACGUGGCUGCUGCUCUGAAUCAUAAGAAGACGGUGCGUCUGCUGCUGGAGGCCGGGGCAGACAGCCACAUCUGCAACAACGCAGGUCACACAGCUUUGGACCAGGCCAGAGAGAACAACAACCCAGACGUGGCUCUCCUGCUGACCAAAGCCCCCCAGGUGCAGAGCUUUGUGCGUGGCCGGAGUGUGAGGAAGAGGAGAGACAAGCUGAAGGCUGAGGGCCGAGCUCAGUCUGUGCCCAGAGAUGAGAUGCUGCCCUGUAAGGACAGCGCCUCUGCUGCAGAGGACACCCAGAGCAGUGACCGAGCUGGCUGCAAACACGCCGAGGUGUCCCCGAUCAACGCCAGGGGGGGACGGAACCGGAAGCACAAAGAGAAACCGCCUUUGUCCGACCCCCCGCGCCGCAGAGAGACCAGGCACAGCGAGAGGAAAUGCAAACUGCCAGGAGCAUCCAUCCCCCCACAUAACUAUAAAGCCUAUCAGCUGUACACGCUGUACCGCGGCAAAGACGGCAAGAUCAUGCAGGCUCCUCUGAACGGCUGCCGCUGUGAACCUCUGAUCAGUAAACUGGAGAACCAGCUGGAGGCCACCAAGGAGGAGAUGAAGACUGAAAUCCACACGGUCCAAGACCUGAUGAACAGCAAGAUGGGUCAGCUGGACCGUAAGAACAAACACCAGAUCCGAGCUCUGGAUAAGAUGACCGUGGAGAGGGUGUCAGCAGAGAGGAGCGAGUGUGUGCAGAGGAUCGAGCAACGGGCCCUGCAGGAGAGGCUGGAGGUAGAGAAGAGACAGCAGGUGUCCCUGGUCCGUGAGCUGAAGAGCUGGUGUCUGUCCAAGCUGCAGAACAUGGAUCUUGGCUUGAAGGAGGAGCCCGGCAGCACCAGGCUGCAGCGCUGCUCGUCUGUGGCCGAGGGCCUGGAUGGAGCCGGCCUCACUGUGCUGCCCUCUGGCUCCCAGUGCCCGGAGCUCCACACCAGCCCUGUCCUCCUGUCCUCCAGCCGGGAGAGGCCCAGUGUGGCCGAGGGCGGCUCAGCCAACCAUUACUUUGUGGUUCAUGAGGAGAGCUCUCCAGACGCUGAUAAGAAUCAGAAUGCAGCAGCCAGGAGCCCGCUCUCAGCUGUCCCAGUGGUUCGGCCCAAGGAGCGUCCUGUGCUCUGUGCCGACUCCCAGAGGAAGAAGCAGGACCUGCAGGACGGGGACAUGGUGGAGUAUGGUGCGAGGGGGGGCAGAAGCCUGUCUCCGGCCACAGAGCGCCGCUGCAGCAACAGGACUGAAGCCGGCCUCAGGGACAGGGAGCGAGGCCGGGACAGAGGGAAGCUCCACAAGAAGCAUUUCCGGGGAAGGACUAAGUCCAGAGGGGCCACAGGGGCUACAGGGGCUACGGGGGCCACAGAGGCAACUGGGGCCACUGGGGCCCAAACUCUGGAGAUGUUUGGAGAGCAGCCCAGUGAACCCUCCUUUGCCCAGGAGAAGGACAACAUGCACGCUCUGGAGGUGACCCAGUACUUCUUCGAGGCGGUGUCCACCCAGAUGGAGCGCUGGUACGAGAGGAAGGUGCAGGAGGCGCGCUGGCAGGCGGAGCAGCGGGCGCAGGCCGACAGAGCCGCUCUCACCCAGAGGAUCAGCUACCUGGAGGACGAGCUGCGCAUGCUGAGGACUAACAGACAGAAGGACUGCUAACACACAGCGCAUCGGUCAGCACCAGACUGCAUGUGGACAUGUGGACACACACUCCGGCAGGAAAUAUGGCAGCUCUCGUUUGUGUGGAACUAAACCAGUAGAUAUAAAGCUGUGUGUCAAAAGAUUGAUCUGAUGUGCCAUUUUAACAUAGAUCCACUACAUUGUGUCAAACAGCAUUACACACACACGCGCAGAGUAGAGGAACCAAUGAUGGUCCUCUCAUCUAACAGAAUAUGAAAUUACAGUAAAAUGUAAUGAUCUUGUGUUACUUUGGAGGAAACACACCUGCCAAAAAACUAGAUGAACAGCUGUUGAGACACACACACACACACACACACACACACGAGCAAAGAAAUGUGUGGUGGAUGAUGUGUGUGAUGUGUCCCUGGAUGGUGGUGAAAGCUGUGUGAUGGAGGGAUUACAGUAGAAUAAGCUGUUAGUAUCUGCCUGCUGCUUAUUUAUGAGAAUAUAGCUGAACUGACACUGUAUAUAAUGACCCCUGAAGGCUCUCCUCUUCAGUUUUUUUUUUAUCAGAAUCUGAAAAUUUAAACUUUUACAGUGUUUAAAUUUUUUUUAUAAACUGAUCAAAUUUUCAAAAGAAACAAAUUAAUUAAAUCGGCAUUUCAAAAAAUUAAAAAAAGAUAUUAUAUAUCCUUAUCUUGAUAAGAUGUAAAUGUUUGGUAUUGCGUUUCUCAUAUGUCCAUCUCACAUUUAAUUAGUCUCCUGCGUUAACAUGAACAGUUCUCAUUUCAUGAUCACUUUAAUUUAAAGAUGUGUGCCACCUUAAAUCCAGCGACACUGAGACUAAAGCAGCAUAGAAGAUUCCUUCAUUUCAGUUAAUAUUAACAAUACAUCAAAUCCCUAUGAUGUUAUUUUGACUGCAAAAGGGAUGACUUUAGCUGACAAUUAAACACUGUAAAAGUGUAGAAUUAUUCCAUUGGCACUCUCCAGACCAAAUAACAAGCCUUAACAUUUAUUGUCAUAAUACACACUAUGUCUCCUCACCAGUUCCUUAACAACAGUGUCUUAGUGAGUGUGUGAGAGGAGGAACGUGUUUACAGUUCACUGACCAGGACAGUUAGAGGAGAUGCAACACUCGGCACACUCUUUGUUACUGCAUACCAGCAGAGGAUCUCUACUACGGUCGACACUGGAGCGGCAACAUUUACAGGAUUCAGCAGUUAGUCCAUCAAAAGCAAAUGAAUCAGCAACUAUUUAGAUAAUCCAGUAACUAUUUCAGUCUUAAAGCAAAAACACGACAACACCUGAUUGCAGUUCCUCCAAUGUGAGGAUUGGCUGCUUCUGUCCCUUUUAAUAUCAUUAUUCACUUUUGUCUGGAGUUUCACAGAACAACCGAUGAAUGGACAAUGAAAUAAUGAUGAGUUGCAGCCCUGGAAGACACCAAACCAAAGCGUGUUUCUAAUCUCGUCUCCCUGCAUACCGAGGCCAGUCCUGAUGGAAAACAUCACUUCUGUUAUGUGGCACUGUUACUAUCUGUCUGAUGUAGUGACUGUCUGCUCAACAUGUUGCUUGGUUACACAUGAAUAACUCUGUGGAUAUGAAUAAUGCACUGUGUAUGAUGAUGCCAGAAGACAUAUUUUGUAUUAAAAAAAAAAAAAGAUCA